CAUGAAUUUCCAGCCAUUCAUCGAAGUCUCUGGCUCGACUACCAUCACCCUUGUCACCACCAGCCUCAGUGUUAUUUUUGCUUAUGCCUUAACACGCGUGAUCUAUCUUUUGUACUUCCAUCCACUAUGCCAUUUUCCGGGGCCAAAACUCGCCGCCAUCUCCAAUCUCUGGUACGCCCAUCACUGGUUGUCCGGAAGGUGGCCUUGGGUGAUCGAAAACGCAUUGCACACGUACGGUUCGGUCGUUAGGAUUGCGCCCAACGAGCUCGCUUUCUUCACGCCUCAGGCCUUUACCGAUAUCUAUGCGCCGCAGCACAAAGGGCUGGAAGCAUUUGUGAAGACAGACUUUCAAAAUCGUGGUAAAGAUCUUGGAGGCCUCAUCUGGGAAGAGGAUCCCGUGAAGCAUCGUCAAGUGGCUAAGAAAAUUGCCCCAGCGUUCAGCGCCCGAUUUCUGCGAACUUUAGAGCCUAUCAUGCAUGAGCACAUGGACUACUUUGUAGAAAAAAUGAUACAGAUCUCUAGAAGUGACGAAAUCACAGGUGUACCGCUCGGAAGAUGGACUAAUUGGUUAGCUAUGGAUAUGUCGGCCGACUUAGCAUGGAACGAGAAAAUGCAUCAGAUGAGAAACAUGAAAGAUUCGGUCAAUUUGGACGUAUUGCUCAGCUUCAAUUAUUUCUCGACUGUGCUUCAAGUGUUCAAGCGCUUUCCACUUAUCCGACCACUUCAAUACCUGUUCGCGCCAUUUGGAAAAAUCACUCUAUUUGCCCAGAUGGAGAAAGCAACACGGGACAGUGUGCUUGGUCGCAUCGCCAAAACAGGUCGUACAGAGCACUCAGACUAUUUUGAUUACAUUCUACCUGCGGAUGCUCCCCAACCGAAAGAUGAAGGGGAAUUACUUCAUAUAGGAUCGGUCGCGUUGCAAGUUAUGUUUGCCGGAUGGGGCCCUAUGGCAGACCUCUUCUACGGUGUUCUCGUACUUUUGCUGGAGAAUCCCGAGACAUUACAGAUCUUAAUUGAGGAGGUCAGAACAAAUUUUGCAAAGUACCAUGAGAUUGGGAUAGGGCAAACACUGUUUUCCUUGCCAUAUCUUCACGCCUGUAUUGAAGAGACGCUGCGUAUACUUCCUAGUAAUAACACUGGUUUGCCACGAAUUAGUCCUGGAGCUGUGGUGGAUGGAAAAUAUAUUUCCAAAGGGAGCCAUGUACAGUCUUGCAUUUGGGCUCUCGGACGGCAUUCGGACUAUUUUCACGAGCCACUUCUAUUUAAGCCGCAGCGUUGGCUACCCACGUCCCACCCAUUGUACGACCCGGCAUUUGCGAACGAUCACCUCAAGAGUCUGCACCCUUUUAGUCUUGGUCCCAGAAUCUGCAUGGGAAGAGAGGCGGCGUGGGCGCAGUCGAAGCUAUUCUUAGCAAAGGUUCUCUGGAAGUUUGACGUGGUUGGGGUAAAAGGACAAAAAAUUGAUUUGGAAAAUGAUCUGCUUCAUUACGGGUUCUUCGAGAAGCCGGAAUACCAGGUUCAAUUUCUUCCUGUGUUGUCACGAUGA